AUGGCUACGUUUGAAGAUCUAGGACUAGAUGAAUGGCUGAUAAAACAGUGUUUAUCUAUGGGAAUAACGAAACCAUCGCCAAUUCAGAGCCAGUGUAUUCGUCCGAUUUUGGAGGGGCAGAACUGUGUCGGCUGUGCCAAGACAGGCAGCGGGAAAACUGCGGCGUUCGCUCUCCCAAUUCUUCAGAAACUUUCAGAAGACCGAUACGGACCGUAUGCUUUGGUACUGACUCCAACGAGAGAGCUAGCUUUUCAAAUUGCCGAUCAGUUCAAAGUUCUUGGUAAGGAAAUUAACAUCAAUGUAACGGUUAUCACAGGAGGCAUGGAUAUGGUUCGUCAGGGGCAGGACCUCAACGUGAAACCACACAUCGUUGUAUCAACUCCUGGUCGUUUAGCUGAUCAUUAUGAAAGCUGUGACACAUUUAGUUUUAAGAAAAUUAAAUUUCUCGUUCUUGAUGAAGCUGAUCGCUUGUUAGAAGACACUGGUUUUGCGGAACAGUUGCAGAUCAUUUUCAAAAAACUGCCAGCGAAAAGGCAAACACUUUUGUUCAGUGCUACCAUGACACCUGCGAUACGAGAACUUCAGGCGGCUUCAGGAGAGAAAGUAUUCUCCUGGUCACAGUCUGCUGAAGUAUUGACAGUCGAAGAGCUUGAUCAGCGAUAUGUGCUCAUGAACGCUGAUUUAAAAGAUGCUUACCUGAUGCAUAUUCUCGAUGUGUACACAACAGAACGGCCAAAAAGCUCGGUUAUCAUAUUCACUAGUACAUGCAAGUAUGCACAGAUCCUGUCCAUGAUGUGUGAAGAUCUUGGAUUUCCUUGUGUCUCCCUGCACUCUAUGUUACCUCAGAAGUUUCGUCUGUCUGGUUUGACAAAAUUUAAAUCUGACCAAGUGAAAAUUUUGAUUGCCACCGAUGUUGCCAGCCGAGGUCUUGAUAUCCCAACAGUUGAUUUAAUUAUCAAUCACAACGUACCGAACCGACCAAGGGACUACGUCCAUCGUGUUGGCCGCACAGCCCGUGCCGGUCGUGGAGGGAUGGCGAUCACGUUAGUUACACAGUUUGAUGUUCAUUUGACCAAAUCGGUCGAAUCCUUCAUCAACACUAAACUCACCGAACAUCCAACAGACGAGAAAGAAGCCAUGAAAAUUCUCACCGAAGUCGCUGUAUCCAGACGAGAAGCAGAAAUCAGGCUGGAUGAAAAAGAUUUUGGUGAAAAACGAGAGAUAAACAAAAGAAAGAAACUUAUUCUUGAAGGCAUAGAUCCAGAAAAAGAAGAGGAAGAAAGACUUGCUAAAAAAGCAAAGAAAAUUGGAGGUAAAACUAAAGAAGAGCGACUUGCUGAGAAACAGAAAAGGAAGGAAAAGUUUAAAAACAAAUUUUCUAAACUGAAACACAAGGCUGCCGAGUGA